AUGCUGUCUAAAAUGAUUCUUGGUGUCUUCAUCUCCUUUUCCCUGUUUAACUCACUGGUUAUCUGCCAAGGUUCUGUGCAGAGACAAAAUCACGCAAGUUCCAAAACGUGCAACAUCAAUAACAACUUUUAUGCUGGACCCAACAAGAAAAUCGAAAAUCUUCUCUUGGAUGUGAAAAAACAACUGAACGACAUUCGAAAGGAUCUCAACAUUUUGCCGCAGAACGAGGGAGACGACACGCAAGGUAAAUGUUCCUUUUUCUAUCAGAUGACUGUGGUUUGUUAAAUUAGAAAAGUAUCCUUCAAAUUGAAGGCGUUUUUUUAGCUGCAUGGAAUUUUAUGUUUUUUCAAGAGCAGCAAAAUUUUGCCUGAAAUUUAGAUUUAUGCGCUGUGAUCUCUCAUUUUAAGAUAAAGGUUAUUAAUCAUCGAAUUUAGUGAUUGCCCAUCCCGAUCUGUUUGUAAGCAUGUACACCAUUUACAGAUCACCUCGAACCUCGACCUCCAGUUCCUAAUAUAAGUAUGAAAGUUAUAUCUAUUUACGGAAAAAUGUCACGAACAAGUUAUGCAGACGUUUACCUAAUAUUCGUUCCUACUGACCUGCAGUUUUGCCGGACAACAAGAAUUCUUCUGAGCCGUGUACGUUUGACCAACUUGCGGCGGGAGGAGGAGGAAAUACACCCACGGCCAAAAAUAAAGGUAAGAUUGGAUACCUUAGGGAUAGUUUUAUGUUUUGUCACCUCGGUAUUUCAGUUCAAUUCAAGCCCCACAAGUCCACUUUUUGAGACACCCAUGAUUAGCAUUAACUACGUUAAUUCACGUUGUUUUACUCAGUGAUCCGUAAACUCACAUUCUCCACUGACAUGACGUUAAUGGCUGACACGGGAAGGAUCACUUUAUCGGCACAAGCAAAGUGUAUUCCGUUUGAGAUUUACUUCCGGAAACGUGUCAGAGCUAUUUCGGUUUAAACCCCUGAAGUAUCUAAUUUUGGAUAUUACAAAGCUUCGCCGAUGUGAAAAAAUAGACCGUCGUGUGAACAUUUACAUUAAUGGGAAAUUCGAGGUCGGUGGCUUGACAGAAAUAAACUGGAAUUGUGGUAUAGUUUGGAUCUUGUCGCAAGAGGAGGGGACAGGGGACUGUCUUUAGUAGAUCUAUUAAGCUGGCAUUCUGUCUGCCACAAGCUAUCAUUGGAUUGGAUUGUAUUAUAGAAUCAUGCUAUACAGCUUUAUAAUUUUUAAGACUAUGGUGUAUUAAUUAAAGCGAACAGUGUUAUGUCUUACAGGGCGUUAGAAGUUGACAUGUACAUUGGCGUUUAAGUUUUUUUCUUUACUUCCACAAUGAUUUUCAACCUUAUUUGCAGUUAUCAAGAAGAAUUGUGCCGAGCUGUAUAACAUUGGUCACAAAACCAGUGGCGUCUAUAAAAUCGACCCUGAUGGCACAGGUGCUUUUCUCGUGUAUUGUGACCAAAAGACAGCCGGUGGCGGUUGGACGGUGUUCCAAAAGAGGAUGGACGGCUCUGUCAAUUUCUACCUCGGUUGGGAGGACUACAAGAAUGGUUUUGGUAAUCUGAGUAGCGAGUUUUGGCUUGGAUUGGACAAGAUACAUCGCCUGACCCUCAGCGACUGGAACAAGGUUCGCGUUGAUCUGAGGGAUGAAGAUGGAACUAAAGUCCACGCCGAAUAUGAAUUGUUUGCAGUUGCAAGCGAGAAGAACAACUACAAGUUGAGCCUCGGAUCAUAUUCAGGUUUAUUUUGCUUAAGGACCGUUCUUAAUUUAGGGGGGGGGGGGGGAGGGCUCGUAAGAGUUUUGUUGUGUCUUGAUAAAAUUUACUUGAUCUGCUCACAAGGCUCAAUAAUAUUCUUAUCAUAAACCUCCCUUCCCCCCCCCCUACCCCCACCCAUUGACGGUUAAUUGGCUACAAUUUUCUAUAGUCGUUUCUUUGCAUUCUGUUAGCAAUGAUUGCUCGCCAUUCCUUUCCCUUUGUAAACUAUGCGAUCCCCAAAUCUUGCAUCCCCCUUCCCCGGGCGAGUAUAGCUCUUGCGACAAAGUCAAACUUCAAAAACGAAUCCUCAAUUUUAUAACAUGACCCGUACGGCCCAGCGCGCGAGGCCAUAGAAACCGUAUUAUGAAAACGUACGUGAGCCGGUCCGGAAAAAGCCGGCCGGUCCUGCACUUCCACAACAUUGUUGAAAAAACUUAAAGAAGUUCCGUUUUUGCAUUUUUGUGGUUCUGACUCGAAAAGACAAAGGAAAAAUUUGUUUGUUGUAGAGUCUUUUUUGUGGUUGUCCCGCGAGUGCCCGUCUAUCGCAUGCUAUCCACUUUUUUGUAAAUUAAAACAAAAUUUUCAAAGUCAAGUAGUGGUCAAUGCUAAAAUGCGUUAUUGUCUGAGUGGGAGGGCUGUACGGAAAAACAUUUGGCUCGAGGUCAUGACGCAUAGACCGAGUGUUGACAGAAUAAAUUAUAGGGACGAAUUUUCAAAAGGAAAGUACAAUAGCGGCUAUGUUUCACCUUCACGCAAUGACAAAAAAGGUAUUUUCCUUUAGUGUGAUAUGUACAUACCUCAUCUAUCGCCUUUUUUUUUAUGAGGAAACAAAAGUUAUAUAAAUCUCAUGUAUAUUUUCAAUAUAUAUAUAUAUAUAUAUUUUUUUUUUUUUUUUUUUUCACAGGGACGGCAGGCGACGCCCUAACCUAUCACAAUGGAAUGACCUUCACCACUAAAGAUAAGGAUAAUGACGCCCACAAGGAAAACUGUGCACUAAAGCAUAACGGAGCUUGGUGGUACAGAGGAUGUGCGUAUUCCAACCUGAAUGGUUUGCAUCAUAUUGGCACACAUGCAUAUGUCACUGAUGGGAUUUUUUGGAGAACCUGGAAGGGAUACCAAAAUUCAGUUGCAAAAGCUGAGAUGAAAAUCAAACCAGUCAAGUUUUAAAAACCGAAAUAUAAUAGAUUUGCAUUUAUCAUAUUUUUGGUUUCUUAAGCUUGAAGGCAUUGAAGACCAAGUUCGAUUAACAUUCUGAAAUUACAACUUUUGUUAGAGUAUUGCUUAAAAUAAUGCAAUUAGGCAUGGCAUUUAAGUAGAGUUUUUAUCGAGCCUUAAGCGUUUGGGAAAUAAUUAAUGAUAAGCAUAAGUAGAAGAAUGAUAAAGAAGGCGACAUCUCGCCUUUACUAGGGGGUUGUAAACUCCUAAAAUAUAACAUGUGUGAAUUAUGAUUUUUAAUUCCUUAUCAGAGAGAUGUUGUGCAUUUUAAAUAAAAAUAUGUUAAAAAAUGCUUCCGGCUCAGUUUUCGCAAAUAGUCACGGUCGUUGCUUCAUCUUUUCACACUUAACACCAUCGUCUAUUUCCGGGGGUAAACAAUUAGAAGCUUCAAACGUUAUUUUUCAUGGUUCGAUUGAAAUUAAAUGAAGUAAAACUUAUGGGGAAACACACGAUAACAUUUAAAAAAAUACUCCUGCCAAAAGUGGUCCUUACGAUUUCCCAAACGAAAAGAUUUUCCCUAGUUGCACAUGUUUUCUGUUUUUCCUUCAGUGAGAAUGGAAAAGGCUUGUCUUAUGUAGGCAGAGGACACAAAAAAGGGCUACUCUUAUCAAAGCAGGAAUCUAUAGAUUAAUAAUCUCUUUAUCAGAGAUGAUCCACUUUUCUUGAUUUCUUGAUUUUGUUUUUUCAUUCUGAUUGAUUUGGUGGCCCAUUUGAGCUGAGACAAUUAGGCUUUCGUGAUUACCGUGUGUUGAACUGUCACUAUGGCGCCUGGAGUAUAAUCUAACCUAAGAGUGCGGCAAAAGUCGAAAUUGACCAUUCGUGCAGUCGCCCACCGAAUUUUCCAAGCAAAGACUGGUGUCCAGGAAUAGGCAUAGCUAGAAAUUGAUUGGGAAUACUGGAGUUGAAAUUCAUGCUUGUGUUUCAUUUUUUCUAAUUCCACCAAAAGAAGAGUGACCUGUGGUGAAAGUGUCACUUAUGCCCUUGCAUGCAGCUUAACGAACGUGAUGUCCUCUAUUGAUUCAUUGCCAAAGUAAAUAUCAUAAUGAUUUUACUUUAUUGUCAAAAACACAUCCGCAGAUUCAUGUCUAAACAUGAAAAAAAAUUUUCGAUAAAUACCUAUGACUUCGUUUCUGUUUUUCAAUUGACGCGACUGAGCCGCAAAUGAAGGCAUAUAACCGAUUCUUUGUAUAGAACUCGGCGAAAAUGAUUGUAAUCCUCAUUCUCUGGGUUAAUGUACUGUCCUAUGUUUUGGUCAGCUCCCAAGAUUCAGUGACAAAACGAAAAGAAAAUCCUUCAUGCAACAUCAACAACUACAACAGCUUCUACGCAGGGCCGAACAAAAAGCUGGAAAAUAUUAUCUUGGACAUGAAGAGACAACUGGACGAGAUUCGGGAGGAACUGAAGAAUCUGACAGAGAAGGACGUGAACAGUGAUAAAGGUAAACUGAAGUUCUUAAACUGAAAAAGAAAAAUUAUUUUUUGUUCAUGAACUUUUCCUUUCGAAAAUUAUCAUACUGCUGUUGGAAGUUCGACGACACCACAGCUCACUAUAACUCUAACCAUCACGGCUUUCUCUUCGCCUGUCACCGCCUGCCUUUACACGCACGUAAACUGGCGAUGUAUACGUGAUGCAAAUUAAUUAGAUUGCACGCAAUCUUACCGAUGACCAUGAACAGAAUAGAGGUAAAUUAAAAACAGCAUGAGAACUCCGGAGUCCAGAAUAUCGUGGUAAUUAAUUUUAGGCGACUUUCCUCGUUUUGUUGAGCUUCGUUAAACAACAGGUUAUACACUCCGCGCCUUCUUUACUAGUAAUCAGUCUUAAUUUUUGUCGUCAGUUCUAGAUCUGUGCUCGUUUUCUCAGCUUUAAUGAAAAUGUCGCAGAAAUACUAUUCUUUCGUUAAUUUUUUUCUUUCUCAUCACAAGACUUGCCUUACAAUAAAAACUGUGCUGAGCUUUACAAAUCUGGUAAAACAGUGAGUGGAGUUUAUACGAUCAACCCCGAUGGUUCAAGUGCCGGUGCCUUUGAUGUAUACUGUGAUCAGAAAACAUCUGGCGGGGGCUGGACAGUGUUUCAGAAGAGACUGGACGGCUCCGUUAAUUUUUACCGAGGGUGGAAUGAUUACAAAAAAGGCUUUGGUAAUCUGUAUGGCGAGUUUUGGCUUGGACUGGACAAGAUAAACCGCUUAACGAGCAGUGACAGAUACAAGCUGCGUGUUGAUCUAGAAGACACCGAAGGAAAAACAGCCUAUGCAGAAUAUAGCUUGUUCGCUAUCACGAGCGAGAGGACUAAGUACCAGCUAAGUCUCGGAAGCUAUUCAGGUUGGAUAUGAACUAUAAACUGACAGUAAGAAAUUAUUAUUUUCUGUCACUGUAGUAUAAUUAUUAUAUUUUCUGACGGGCCAAUCUUUUUCAUUUUCUUUUAGGAACUGCAGGUGAUUCUCUCUCUCUUCAUCGAGGCCAGCCAUUUUCAACCAGAGACCAGGACAAUGACAGCUGGGACUUAAACUGUGCUGUUCUAUAUAAAGGAGCUUGGUGGUAUAAGGACUGCCAUCACGCCAACCUAAAUGGUCUGUAUCAUCACGGGAAACACUCGUCAAACGCUGAUGGUGUCAACUGGUAUCACUGGAAAGGACACAGUUAUUCCGUCAGAAGAGCUGAAAUGAAAAUCAAGCCCGUAAACUCUUAAAUCAUCAUCAUUCAUCAGUCUUUUCCUUUUCAUUUAGCCGAUCAGGAGCAUGAGCUGAGCGGAAGUGACGCAAAGUCAAACGGCCUUUGCAAUGUGCCUUUGCGUGACUUCCGCUCAGAGAAAAGGAAACUGGAGAAACUGCUAACAGGCUGCCUCAAUACCAAAUAGUUAGUAAAACAAGUGGAUGAAAUUUUAACAAGCAAUUUGAUUAUAAUGCGUGAUGGUCAUAGACUUCAAGUGAUGUAACAUCAAUGACGUAAAAUCGUUGUAGAAAUAUAGAGGAACAUAUGAGUUCUGGUAAGAGAUGCGAAUGCCAGCGCGGAAACACGAAGCUGAGCAGAUUGUAACUUAGAAAAUAAAAAACCGUUUCAAAUCCAUCCAAUCUGUUCUUAACGUGUCGUAGAAACACAUAGUAACAUCUCAUUACGUGACUGUACAUGUGUGUUUCCCCGGCUGCUGUUUGGAACUCUCUACUGACAAUUGCUGAAGAUAUUUCGAGUAUUUCAUUUCCCAAUCUGACCAGUAAAUGACGUUCAAUUAUCAAAUGAAAACUUUUUUAUGUUAUGUCACAGGCUCAUUCAUCUCCAAGUAGCAAAUUAGGCCGGGUGAAAAUCAACAUCUCUCCCACACUUCUCAGUUACUUUGAUAAUUCAUUUACAGCUGAAAAAUACAACCCUG